AUGGAGGAGGCCGAUUCGGCGGCGAAGCAGUUGGGUUUAGCGGAGGCGGCGGCUGUGGCGGCGGCAGCCGCAGUACGGGCGGCUGCGGACGGCCCCGAGCAGCAGCAGCAGCCUCCGCAAGCGGCGGCCGCGCAGUCGGAGGCGGCCGCGCAGGUGACGGCGGUGACGGUGAUGGCGGCGGAUACCGAACACAUCGACAUGGGGGCCGAGCCGCUGCCCAGCGCCGACGAGGCCGCCGCCACCUUCGCAGAAGUCACCACAGUGACCGUGGCCAGCGUUGGUGCCUCUGCAGACAACGUGUUCACCACGUCCGUGGCCAAUGCAGCUUCCAUUUCAGGACACGUGUUGUCUGGGAGAACAGCCCUGCAGAUUGGGGACAGCUUGAACCCUGAAAAAGCCACCCUCAUCGUGGUGCACACAGACGGCAGCAUUGUAGACACCACGGGGCUGAAGGGGCCCUCGGCACCUCUCACACCAGGACCUCAAUCUUCUCCUACCCCUCUAACAUCUGUCCAAGAGAAAACUGGAACCAAGUACAACUGGGACCCGUCUGUGUAUGAGAAUGAGCUCCCAGUGAGGUGCCGGAACAUCAGUGGCAUCCUCUAUAAGAACAGACUUGGCUCAGGAGGCCGUGGUAGGUGCAUUAAACAAGGGGACAACUGGUACAGCCCUACCGAGUUUGAAGCUAUGGCAGGACGAGCCAGCAGCAAAGACUGGAAGAGGAGCAUCCGCUAUGCUGGGAGGCCACUGCAGUGCCUUAUCCACGAUGGGAUUUUAAAUCCUCAUGCUGCCUCUUGUACUUGUGCUGCUUGCUGCGACGACAUGACUCUGAGUGGUCCUGUUCGACUCUUUGUGCCAUAUAAACGGAGGAAAAAAGAGAAUGAAAUGCCUGCAGCUCCAGCAAAGAAGGAUUGCUCCAAAAACAUCACCCUGCUCCCUGCCACAGCUGCUACUACAUUCACGGUGACUCCCUCUGGACAGAUCACGACCUCAGGAGCUCUGACCUUCGAUCGCACAUCAACAGUGGAGGCCACAGCCAUUAUCUCGGAGAGCACAUCCCAGGGGGAUGUUUUCACUGGAGCCACUGGUCACCCCUCUUACACCACAUCGGUGCCUUUGCCCGUCCCUGUGCAUCAAUGGGAAGCUGCCUCCGCACCCUCCCCAUGUCCCCCUAUAGCCUCCAACCCUGUUCAGCACUGAUGGAGUCCACCAGGUCAACCCCGGCCUCCACCGAGCCCUGGAGGCAGCUCCUGCUCCAUCCGCUGCCUGCACCAGCUAUGACUUCGACUGGGG